AUGCCUCCACGUUCGAAGACUGGUGGCAAUGGCUGUGAUGAUUGGACGGAGCUUCGAUCAGCACUCUUGGCGAUGCAGGAGAACAUCCAAAUCACCAUAUCGAAUUCGAUCCAGGAGCUGACGGAGGCGAUUGUCAAUCGUAGGGAUCAUCAUGGAAGGGAGUCAGAUGAGGAAGAAGAAGAGGAAGUGGAGCACAAUCCAUUUGCUCGCCGUGUUCGUGAUGACAUAAGCGAUCGUGCCCAGGAGAGGGUCGACCGUCGAUGGGAAUCAGGUUUCAAACUCGACUUGCCCGAGUAUCAUGGAAGUCUGAAGGGAGAGGAAUUGUUGGAUUGGAUUGUGGCACUGAAUGAGGUUCUAGAAUUCAAGGAGGUCCCGGAAGAUAGACGAGUGUCUCUCGUGGCAACUAAAUUUCGUGGAAAGGCAGCAGCUUGGUGGAUUCAAUUGAAAACUUCACGAAUUCGCAACGGGAAAGACAAGAUUAAGACAUGGGAGAAGCUACAGAAGCAUCUUCGCCAAACGUUCUUGCCAUUCAACUAUGACCGCACGAUGUAUACGAGGUUGCAAAACCUGCGUCAAGGGUCUCGUUUGGUGGAGGAGUAUGCGGAAGAGUUCACUUUAUUGCUCACCCACAACGAAAACAACGACAGCGAGGUCCAACUCGUCUCGCGUUUCAUUGGUGGCCUGCGACCACAGCUUCAGACGGCUUUAUCGCAAUUUGAUCCUUUGACGGUGGCUGAAGCUCACAGGCGCGCUACGGCUUUCGAGAGUCAAUUCCGUUCUUCUGCAAGUUGGGGAGGAGCCUCGCUCAGAAGUAGGAAUAUGGCACAAGGGAGCGUAGAGUCAUCAUCUGCAGCAACGAAAGAGAGUGUUGAACCGCAUACAACGCGCUCUCCUACUCAGAUGCGUGAUGAGCGACAACCUGAGGAGCAGGGAUUACGACGCUCGACUAGACCAAACACUUUGCGGUAUUUCUCAUAUGGAGAAGCCGGACACAUUCAAACAUCAUGCCCUAACAAGACGCUAAGAGGUUUGUUGGCUGACAAAAAUCAUUGGGAGUCCAAUGCUUUGUUUGAUGAUGACGAGUUAGAGGAGGAAGAUGAGCUACAAGUUGACCACUUGGAAGGAGACAAGGGUAAGCUUCUGGUAGCUCGACGAGUUUGCUUAGCUCCAACUAAAACAGAGGAACCGUGGCUACGUUCUAAUCUGUUUCAGUCGACCUGCACUAUAAAUGGGAAGGUAUGUCGCUUUGUUAUUGAUUCCGGAAGCUCUAACAACGUCAUAUCGGAGGAGGCAUUACGGAAACUGGGGUUGAAGAGGGAAGACCAUCCCACACCGUACAACUUACAGUGGAUCAACAAGGAGAUUGAUAUCCGAAUCAAGCACAGAGCUAUGGUAACAUUCUCGAUUGGGAAGCAUUACAAGGAUCGUGUUUACUGUGAUGUGGCUCCAAUGGAUGUCGGCCACCUGAUCUUAGGCCGACCGUGGCAGUACGAUAGAGAGACGGUGCAUGAUGGUAGGAAGAACACUUACACUUUUCUGUUUGAUAACAUGCAAAUUGUGCUUCUUCCAUCUCCACCAGAAACGACAACAAAGAUGCUUCCAACACGAGACAAGCUAACUUCGCCAACGACCUCCGUCACGACAGAGCCUCCACCUCGACUUACGAAGCUAUUAGAGGAGUUUGACGAUGUCUCUCCGGCAGAGCUACCGCAAGGAUUGCCUCCCCUGCGCGACAUACAGCACCAAAUUGAUCUGGUGCCGGGAGCGUCCUUACUAAAUCGUCCACAUUAUAGGAUGAGUCCAAAGGAACAUGAAGAACUGAGACGUCAAGUGGAAGAGUUGGUGUCGAAGGGACAUAUCCGCGAGAGCCUCAGUUCCUGUGCAGUGCCAGCGUUGCUCAUUCCCAAGAAGGAUGGAUCUUGGCGGAUGUGUGUCGACAGCAGAUCCAUCAACAAAAUAACGGUACGCUAUCGAUUCCCUAUUCCGCGACUUGAUGAAAUACUUGACCAGAUUGGGACGGCAACAGUGUUCUCUAAGCUUGAUCUCAAGAGCGGAUACCACCAAAUUCGAAUCAGACCAGGUGACGAGUGGAAGACAGCCUUCAAGACGAGGGAAGGUCUGUUUGAGUGGAUGGUGAUGCCGUUUGGACUCUCCAAUGCGCCGACGCCAACACGGAAGAACAUAUUGACUUCCUUAGGUGGGACUGAACCACCUAAGGAAGUCCAUGUCAGAAUAGAACCAGGAACUCAGGAGGAAGUGGAGAAGCCACCUGAAGAACCAAGAGUGUAUGAGCCAAAGAUCCCAUACAGAAAUGUUCUUUCUCAACCCAAGAAGGAGAAGGAGCAAGCAAAGCUCAAGGAUCUUGUUAGCCAACUUUCAGUAAGGUUACCUUUCAUUGAUGCCUGCCAAAUAAUUCCAUCUCUCAGGAAAGUAUAUGAAGGCCAUACUCACAAGCAAUGUGAGUCUUGA